AUGGAAGGACAGGGACAUAUUCGAUCCGUUUACGAAGUGGGGGUUAUCACUGCGCUCUUCGCCAUCGUGAGCGCUGCCCUCGGGCGCAUCUGCGGUCUCAGUGGCGGCGGGCUUCUCGUGCCUCCGUACAUGGUCGUGCUAGGGCUGUCCCCCAAGUUUGCGAUUCCUUUGACCAAGGUGACAAUCGUUGGUGUCGCUGGCGACCUACUGGUCGAAUCUUCGGGUGCAAACACCCGUACGCACCACACCGACCGCUGA